GUGUAUGUAGUACUUUUAGUUGACGACUCGAAUUCAUAGAGGGCUGUAAUAGUUCAGCUCCGCAGUCCUAGUUCGCAAACCUUCGAUUGACUUUCGUUCAAGCUACAUUCACCAGUUAAUAUGUAAUUCGUUGCCUUGAAACAGUACAAAGAAAAUCCACCGCAAAAAUACGAUUUCUGACUCGAAAGUCUUAAGGAACACAUUAAUCGUUUGAAUACGAAGUAGAUUCGCGGUAAUCCGUACAAGUCAGACCUUAUAUUCGCGAGUAUACGUCGCGUCGUGAAGAACGAAAUCGGAGAAUAUUUCAAACGAUAACAAUAAAGUAAACGUAUUACUUUAAUCAAUACUGUACGCCGGUCAACGGACGUGUAACGUGCUACCGUAUAUUCACAUAUAUCGUAUAAACGAUUAUUCCUUUUACUUGUUCUUCAGUUGGCAAAACGUUAUUAGACAGUGGUGAUUACGCGGAAAAACUUGGAUGCCGCGAAGUGUUUCGAAACGACCCUACUACGUUAUUCAUCCAAGACUUUGUAUCAACGGCAGAAAGCAACUUUGAAAUGAGAUACAGAAGAUAAAUACAGAUUCCGAAAGUGGGACGAGCAAAAAGAAUUGCUUCGAUUAAAAUGGAUAAAAGUGAAAAAAAAGAAGUGAAGAAUCCGUGUGAAAAUGCCAACCCGUUAUCUAUUCUUACGUUCUGGUGGAUCCUUAAGUUGUUCAUUAUCGGUUACAAAAAGGAAUUGAAAGAAGAAGAUUUGUAUUCUCCAUUGAAAGAGGACAAGAGUAGUUACCUGGGUCAACGUAUCGUGAAAAAUUGGGAGAUCGAAGUGAAACGACACGAGAAAAGAAAGGACAGCCCUAAACCGAGCUUAUUUAGGGUACUCUACAAAUGCUUCGGUAAAGCUGUCAUGAACACUGGACUAGCGCUAUUUGUUCUAGAAUUCGGCAUACGGAUCGUAAAUCCAUUCCUUCUUGCCAAAUUACUCCGUUACUUUUCUGGAAAUAGAAAAGACUGGACCAGCGAUGUAUACUAUUAUGCUGCAGCUUUUUCUCUACUGCCUUUGCUAGAUGCUGUGAUUUUACAUUGGUCCCUACAAAACUUGAUGCACGUAGGAAUGAAAGUUAGGGUGGCUUGUUGUACUUUGAUAUACAGAAAGAUAUUAAAAUUAUCCAAUGCCGUUCUUGAGAAUGAAACGUCUGCUGGACAGAUGGUCAAUUUCCUGAGCAACGAUGUUAAUCGUCUCGAUUAUUUCGUUUUUAGUAUUCAUUAUUUAUGGAUUGGUCCACUGCAAGUUUUUCUAAUAUCCUAUCUAAUAUAUCGUGAAAUAGGCCUCGGUGCCAUUACUGGAAUGAUGACGUUUUUAUUAUGUAUACCAUUGCAAUUGUAUUUUGGAAAAAAGGUAUCACGUUUAACUCUUGUAUCGGCUCAGAAGACUGACAAUAGAUUAAGAUUGAUGAACCAAAUAAUAGCUGGUGUAGAAAUAAUCAAGAUGUACGUCUGGGAGGUACCGUAUUCUCUUCUUGUCGAAAAGGCUAGACGGAAAGAAGUGGACGUGAUAAAGAAAUACUCGAUCGUCGAACAAUUGGGUUUAACGUUUGAUAUAUACGUUCCUCGAGUCAGCUUAUUUAUUACAAUAUUAACGUACGUUUUAACCGGUAACACCAUCGAUGCCGAGAAAGUAUUUAUGAUAACAGCGUUUUAUACCAUUUUACGAAGUUCUAUGACCGUUGGAUUUGCUCUAAGUGUUCAUCAAUUAGCAGAAGCAAUGGUGUCCAUCAGGCGUCUAGAGAAAUUCAUGAUGCAUCCUGAAAUAGCUGCUCCACCAAAGGUACAGAAUCAAGUAGCCACCCAAUCUCUGCCCGUAUACUUGAAAAACGUAACUGCCAGAUGGGACGAGACCAGAGACUAUACCUUGCAAAAUGUUGAUUUAACGAUACGAGCAGGUAGCUUCGUAGCGGUAAUCGGUCAGAUUGGUUCGGGAAAGAGUAGUCUAUUGCAAGCGAUACUCGGUGAGUUACCAUUACAAGAGGGUACCUUAGAAAGUUACGGCAAGAUUAGAUUCGCCGACCAAAGGCCAUGGAUCUUCGCCUCCUCCAUCCGGCAAAACAUUCUCUUCGGUGAACCGAUGAACGAGAAGCGUUACAACCAAGUGAUCAAUGUCUGUCAAUUGAGAACCGACAUAGAUACGUUCACGCAUAAGGACAGAACGAUGGUCGGCGAGAGGGGAAUGAAUUUAAGUGGUGGUCAACGAGCUAGAAUCAAUUUGGCUCGUGCUGUUUAUGCCGAUGCUGAUAUUUAUCUUCUCGAUGAUCCUCUGUCGGCAGUUGACUCGCACGUCGGUAGUCACAUCGUGGACGAAUGCAUAUGCGGUUUCCUUCGAGACAAAACUCGAAUUCUAGUCACUCAUCAAAUACAGUACUUAAAAUCUGCUGAUCAGAUCAUCGUGAUGAAUAAUGGUAUUAUACAAGCAAAGGGUAGCUUCGAGGAGCUUCAAAGAAUGAGCCUAGACUUUAUGAAGAUCUUUAAAGAAGUGGAAGAAAAUAAAAAGAACAAAGAACCUGAAGUUAUAAGCGACGAGAGGCAAACUAUCGUCGAAGAAGAGACGAAGAAAGAGGAGGAACCAGCUGUGUCCGACGAAGAGCCUGUCGAAGUGGCUGAAACGAGAACUGUCGGCAGAAUUUCUAGCACAGUUUUUCUAUCGUACUGGAAAGCAAGUCGAAAUCUCUGUUUACUCGUUCUGAUGGUCAUUCUAUUUAUUGCAAGCCAAAUAAUGGCAAGCGGUAGCGACUACUUGCUUGCCUUUUGGGUAAACACGGAAGCAGCUUCCUGGUUUAAAACCGAGAACGGAACGAGGACUUUUCAAUGGAACGGCUCGCUAUCUCGCGAUGGAAUUAUUUAUUUAUGGAGCGGUUUAACGAUGGGCGUCGUCCUCGUCUACAUGUUCCAAACGUUCACCUACUAUGGGGUCUGCAUGCGUGCUUCGAAAAAUUUACACGCACAAAUGUUCCGCAGCAUAGUUCGUGCUGCUAUGUACUUUUACAACACAAAUCCUGCUGGUCGUAUAUUAAACAGGUUUUCCAAAGACAUCGGUGUCAUUGAUAAAAAGCUGCCUUUUACCAUGUUCGACGUUACAAUCAUGUUCUUAACUUUUAUUGGAACAAUAGUGAUCGUUGGAACUGUCAGCGUAUGGUUGCUAAUACCAACAUUCAUCGUUAUACUACUUUUCUACUACAUGCGGGUCAUUUAUAUUUCAACUAGUCGUUCGGUUAAACGUAUGGAGGGUACAACACGUUCACCGGUAUUCGAUCACGUCGGUGCAACUCUCCAAGGUCUGACGACGAUCAGAGCGUUCAAAGCUGAAAAGGUAGUGACUGCAGAUUUCGACAAUCAUCAGGACCUUCACACGUCCACUUGGUUCAUAUUUAUAUCCAUCUCGCGAGCUUUCGGUCUCUACAUAGAGUGGUUCUGUCUGAUCUACGUAGGACUGAUCACAGUCAUAUUUCUAUUGUUCGAUGAUCUCGCUGUUGCUGGGAAUAUCGGUUUGGUAAUUACACAGAUUACAGCGAUCACUGGUAUUUUGCAAUGGGGUAUGAGACAGACCGCCGAACUAGAAAAUCAUAUGACUUCCAUUGAAAGAGUUUUAGAGUAUAGUAAUCUGGAUGAAGAACCCUUCUUAGACAGCACACCGGACAAAAAGCCUCCAAACGAUUGGCCUAAUCAGGGCUUGGUAGAGUUCAAGAAUGUGAAAUUAAAGUAUGGACCUAAGAGUCCAUACGUGUUAAAAGGUAUAAACUUUGUGGUGAAAGCCAAAGAGAAAGUCGGUGUCGUUGGAAGAACCGGGGCUGGAAAAACUUCUUUGAUCAGUGCUCUAUUUCGUCUGGCGUACAUAGAAGGAGAGAUCAUUGUGGACGAUAUACCUACAGAUAGAGUUGCGCUCCACGAUUUUCGUUUAAAAAUCAGUAUUAUACCGCAAGAACCAGUCCUGUUUGGUGGUAGUCUUCGAAGAAAUCUAGACCCCUUUGAUGAAUAUUCUGACAACGAUUUAUGGGCGGCGCUGCAAGAAGUAGAAUUGAAGGAAAGUAUCUCAGAAAUGGCAGCAGGUUUAAAUAGUAAAGUAGCCGAGGAGGGAUCAAAUUUUAGCGUUGGUCAACGUCAAUUACUAUGCCUUGUUAGAGCACUCGUUAGAAAUAAUAAAAUAAUGGUUCUCGAUGAAGCCACUGCCAAUGUUGAUCCACAAACUGAUUCCUUGAUUCAAAAGACUGUUAGGAAAAAGUUUAUGCAUUGUACUGUAUUCACUAUAGCGCAUAGAUUAAAUACCAUAAUGGAUAGCGAUAAAAUACUUGUGAUGGACCAAGGUCAUUUAGUGGAAUACGAUCAUCCCUAUGUUCUAUUGCAAAGGAAAGGUUAUUUUUACAAUAUGGUGCAAGAAACAGGUUCUACAAUGGCCUACAGUUUAUCCGAAAUCGCAAAGAAUGCUUUCUACAAGAACAACCAAGUAUCAUCUUGAUGAUAGUCAAACUUUAGCAAUUUAAAAGUAUACGAUAUUUAAGCAAAGUCUUUUUCUACGUCCAAUUUAUAUUUUACUAUCUUGAAAUAAGCAGAUAGUUUAUCCUAAAUAUUCCUGUCUUCGAGGAUGCAAAUUGUCGUGAAAGUACGGUGCUUACAAAGGUAUUACAAAUAAUUAUUAAUCUACUAUGAUAAGAAUAGUAAUAAUUUUUUGUAACAGAUAGAUAUAUAAUUUCAAUAAAAGAGACUCCACAGUGAAGAAGGUAAUAAUAAUGAUAAUAAUAUGCUUUCACAACACAUUAUGCGGCAGCAACAAGCAUUUAUGAAAGAUGUACUGUAAAAAAUAAAAAGAAAGAGAAGUUUCCUCGUAA